UUCAAAUAGAAUCAUCCACUUUGUGUCUGGUCCUGAUUUGUCAUGCCAUGUCGGGUCUAAUCUCUCUCUUAGUUAGAGACCACACACAUGAUAGACACGUGAAAAAUGGGAUAAGAACUAUGAGCGUGUGUGACUCGAGGGGGAAUGAUCGUGUGUGGACAUGGUGGUGGUGGUUGCAGCAUCAUCGGCCCCAUUCUCACUCCCCUCCUUGGCUUUCACGAGCCGCCGCUGCUCCACGACCAAUGGCCUUUCCACGAACUUCUCUCCGGAAACCUCCCGUCUUCUCCGAGCAGCUCGACACACAGUGGAUAAUUACAUAAAGAGUGGGAUGGUCGUUGGGUUGGGAUCCGGACAAGCCUCGGACAUAGCUAUACGGUAUCUGGGUCAGCAGCUUCGCUCAGGUUCUAUAGGCGAUGUAACAGGCGUGCCCAUGUCUGCAUCCAGUGCGAGUGAAGCAGCAAAAGCAGGAAUUCCCUUGGAACAAUUCCGAGAUGAUUUCCAAAUUGAUUUUGCAUUUGAUGACGCUGAUGUUAUAGAAGAGAACACACUUGUCGCAGUCAUUGGACGUCGAAGACAAGAUGAUACAAUUCUGCAACAGAAGGCGAUUCUAAGAGCAGCCCAUGAGGUGGCCUUCAUGAUCAAAGAAGAACAGUACAUGUCUGGUCUAGAAGGUUCUGUCCCUGUCUUAGUUCAAUCUCUCAACUGGAUGGCCACAGCUGAAGAGAUAGAGGACCUGUACUUAGGUGAUGCAGAGGUGUGGAGAAGACCUUCCAUAGGAGAUGCAGGCCCUCUUGGAGGGGACUUUCCAGUUGUCACUAGAGAAGGUCAUAACAUUCUUGAUGUUAUAUUCACAACUCCUAUACCAAGCCUCAUUCAGGUGGCUGAAAGCCUUGAUAAGAUCAAUGGGGUAGUAGAUCAUGGACUUGUCAUCAAAACCAGGUGCAAGGUGGUGAUUGCAGCCGAAACCGGAGUGCGCACUGUCUCUUUGCAAAGCAGUGCAGUGGAUGGCGGGUGAAAGACUCACCCACCAUAUUCAUCAGCAAUUUAAGGUUGCAUAAAUGUUACUGAAAGUGAUAACUGGACACACGGUUCAAUCUCCAGAAGUUCAGAAGACUACAAUCUUAUCAUAAUAGAUCUGAGUACCGAGUACAGAUUUGAAGACAUGUAAAAAUUAACAAGGUUUACUAUCGGAUCUUCCACAACAUUUUUGUAGUAAUGCACUCAAAUAUCAGUACCUAAUUCUCCGGGGUUUGUGGA